UUAUUUUUCAAUUGAAUAUAAUUGACUACCUAAUUGAGUGACACCUAUGCAUUGGGGCCUCUUUUAAUUAAUACAAAAUUGAGGUUACAUCUUUUCAAAUGUUCCUCAAUUAAUAUAUAAGGGAUAUCAUUAAAAUUAAGUAUUUUCCAAAAUAAAACAAUUUUUUUAUAUUAGUCUUUGCUUAUUCUUAUAUAUUUACUUCUACAAAAUAUACUUCAAUUACACAAGUUUUUUUAUAAAGUUGAAGCUUACUUUAUAUAAACUUACGUGCACAAUUUUGUUCAGUAUUUUAUUAUAUAAUAUAUAAUAUUUGUUACUAUGAUUUUUAACUUUCUAAUAUCUAUAAAUUAAAAGUUUUAGGGUCCGAUUGGUAAUGGUUGUAGCUUUAAAAAUUUUGUUGUAGAAAAAAAUCUUUAGACUUUUUGAUGUGGCUUUAGAUUUUAUUUCUGUAAAAUUUUAUUGAAAGCUCCAAAAUAUUGCUUUGGAUUUUUGGCUCUACAGAGCACUUGUACAGCACUGUUUUGAAAUUUUUAUUAAAGCUUGAUUGAUGUGAAUUUAGUGAUGUAGAACUAAGCAGAGCUGUGGACAGCACCUACAUCUACUACCAAUCACAACCUUAAUCUAUUUUAUUUCAUUCACCCUGUGCAGGGCGCAGGUUACCACCUAGUAUAAUGGGAUUAUUGGUAAGUGAAUUCUAAUGAAUUUUGAAAAUUUUAAUAAUCCAUUGUUAUUAGUUCUUAGAUUUCAAAAAUCUUAGUAGAAUCCAUUGUUAUUGGUUUAAUUCAAAAUCCAUUCGAAUCACUUGUUAUUCAAAAAGUUUAGUUAUUAUUGAUUUUCUAAUUCUAACUAAAUCUAGUGUUAUUGGGAGAUGAAUUCUAUUCUUUUUUACUCAUAAGACUCAACUUUCAAAAUAUCAUAUGUAUCCAUGUGAUUUUCAAAAUCCUUAUGAUAAAAAACUAGAAAACAAAAUAAUUAUUCUUACCAAAUAUCUAUUGCACCUUAAAUCCAAAUUAUAUGUUCAAAACUAUAAUUCAUUAUAUUUAUAUACUUUUACAAUUUUAAAUAUUAAUUAUUUUUUAAAAAUAUUAUAUUUGAAAUUCACAAACUCUAUACAAAUUCAUCUCCCAAUAACCCCCUAAGGGUGUAGUAUUGGAAUUAUAUUCUUAUUUGAAUGCAUUUCUCCUAAUUUUCCCUUAUAUUUAUUUAUUUUUCCUUUUUGGUGAAAAGUAUCUUAAACACUGAAAAGGAAAAUUUCCCGAAAUUUAUGUUUACGAAUUGAUUUGUUUCCUUUUUCUGAACAUCAUCUUUGUUUUUUUUAGCUUUGAUGUCAUAUUGAUUCCAAAGUUAAUAUUAUUAUAGGGUUCUUCUCCCCCUUGCUCUCGAUUAAUAUAACUGGUGCGUAUGUGGAUAUAUUGAUUAAUUUGCGUUUGAUCAUAAUUCUGACUUUGUUAUUUUAUUAUUUUUUGGUUUUGGAUUACUGGAAAGACCUCUGAGAUGGAAUCAAAGUCCACUUAUGGUGCUAUCCGUCGCGAUCCUCGAUUGGUGAGAUAUUACCCAUACACUACAGGGAGCAGCUCUGCUGUGAAAGAGGAGAUGAAAAAGGAGGUUAUACAACUAGGGGUCAAGCUUUCUGUCUCCGUCGUUGAAUCAAUGUUCUUACUUUGUGAUGAUAUCCGGACUAUGCUGUUCUUCUGCUAUAGGUUAUGGAGAGGUUAUAAUCCGCGCCCCUAUCCCGUAUUAGAAAGGCUGCUUCGUGUUAUGCACUGUGUCUACUUAAGAGAUAUCAAACCUAAGAAAAGAGUGUUUAAGAAUUAUGGUCAAUCCGUCCAAUGGAGACUGAUCAGUACCACUUGGGAGGAUUUUGAUAACGGAGUCAUGGUUAUGCAUAGGCUUGUUAGGAUUCUCAGAAGAAAAGGUCGGUCUUACGAUGAUCGACUUUUAUUUUCGGCUAUUGAAAAAUACAAGCAAGUGUUGAAGAGGCUAGAUGAUAAACUGAGGUCUAAAAAGAAUGUUUCGGAGAAGAAUGGGUUUAUGAGGGAGACCAUAGAGCCUAACAUUUAUGACUUGUGGAAGUCUAUCUUUGAUGAAGAAGCUAAAGAAACAACAUAUACUCUGAAGGAGAUAAGGAAUAGCAUUAUUAGCGGCAUCUUUGAUCCUAUUUCAGGCAAACCAAUCCAUAGAAAGAUAAGGGCACUGCCCUCACAUACUCCUUAUAUUUUGGGGAUUGAUUUUCCAAAGCAAGAAAUGAAAGAGGAGGUUGUGAAACUAGGAAUUGAGCUCUCUCUACUUGUGGCUCAAUCGAUGUUCUUCAUGCGUGAUGAUGACUAUCGCAGUACGUUGUGGUUCUACCUUAAGUUAUGGAUAGAUGCAACAAAGGACCGUGAUCAGGGUAGUCCUGUGGCGGAAAGAGUGCUUUAUGUUAACUAUGAUAUCAAACCUAAGGAUAAAGAAUUUGAGAAUGAUGAUGUCAGAUGGGUCCAAUCGAAAGUGAUCAGAACUACUAGGAAGGAUUUUGCGGCAGGAAUCAGAGAUCUAGAUCGCCUUGUUACAAUUCUUAGAGGAGAAGGAAGCUAUUCAGAUGGCCGAGAGAUUACAUCUAGAAUUGAAGAAGCGCUGAAGAGGAUAGAGGACAAGUUGAGGUGUACCAAAAAAAAUUCAGAGGAGAAUGGGUUUGCCAGGGAAGCGAUGGAGUCUAACAUUUUGGAGGUGUGGAGGUCUCUCUUUGACAAAAACGCGAAGGAAGCAUGGAAACCUAGAGUGAUGAGGAGGAUCGUGUCUCUCACCGACAUAUGUAAACCUUUAUUAGAAAAGACAUUAUAAGAACAUUAGGUUACACUACUAGUUUAUUCUUUGCUUCUAUCUUUUAAUUUAUGCAAUAGAUGAAAUCUGAAAUAUAUACUUCUUUACCGUUAUUUUAGUUUCAAAGCUUUUGUUGAAAUUAGGUAGAAAAACAUAUAAGGAACCAGCACAACUAUAAUUUAUUCUUGGCUUUUUCUACCUAAUAUCGCCUUUCCUACUGUUUUUGUAAGUGGUAAGCUUGUGGGUUUGACCAACCAAGUCAUGUGGCUUCACCCAAGUGGCUAUCUAGUUCCUUGAUCAGUCAUAAGGCUGAGCAAUCGGUGUCCCAAUCGGGUUUCGGUUCGGAUUCAUUCGGGUUUCGAUUUUUCGGGUUCAUUAAUUUCAAAUUUAUUCGGAUAUUAUAAAAGUUUUGGUUUGAUUCGGUUCGGAUUUAGUCAGGUUUGGUUCGGAUUAGUUACAUGUCAAUGAUCCGACUGAACCCGAAAUAGUUUUGGUUUUAGAUAUAUUUGGUUAUCAAUUCCAAAAAUAUAUUAUUUGUACUUGAUUAAACUCAAUAUAUCUCCAAUAAUUUCUAUCAAUUUGUUUACAUGACUUUCUUAAACUAUAUUGUUUCCUUUCAAAAUAGCUUUGGGAGACUCGUCCAUACGAGACUCUUCGAACUAUAUGUAACAACAUUAGAUAUUCAUAACAAACCAAAGCUUUGUACGAACAAAAUCAUACAUAAUAAAAUGUAAGUAAAUUAAAAUACAAGUAACAACUCUAUAAACCUAAGAAACACUAUUUAAAAUUUCUUUUAAAAAAUUGUUUAAAUUUGAGAAGCAAACUUAUUCAUAAUUAAAUUUCAAAUGCAAUUGUCAAAAUAUAAAAACAUUAAUAUUAACCAAAUACAAAAAUAUAUACUAAACUAAGUAUUGGGGUCAAUUAUUCAUGUAAUAGAUAAUCAUUUGAGAUGUUCAACAAUCUUUUAGUGUAUUUUUGAUACACGUUAGAAAUUGAAAUCAUGUAUGGUACAAUUUUUUUUUUGGAUUUUGAAUUUUUCGAGUUCUAUCAGAUAUCCACUUAUGUUUGGGUUCGAUUCGGAUAAAAUCCAUAACCUGAAAUAUCAGAAAAUAAGAUCCAUUCGGUAUUUCUGUCGGGUUCGGAUUGGUUUGGAUUUAUUUAUAUCGGAUCUGGUUUGGUUUAUUUGUCCAACCUAUAAUCAGUCAUUUUAUAACUAGAAAAUGAAUAUAGAUCCUUGGGAAAAGAUGAUUGGCGUGUGGAUUAGAUAGUAGAUAAAGAUCACACGAAAAUGUGUUUCAUGUUUUUAAUUAAUAUGUUAGCUUAUGUUUGUGUUUUGUUUGGGUCAAUGUCUGAGAAACGAAUUAGCUAAUUUCCGGCGUUAAGUAAAAACACCAGUGGAUGGAUGAUGUACUGUAACGGAGAACAGUAAUAUUUUUUUUAAUAGAUAUAUCGUUAUAUCUAUCUAUCUAUCAAUUACAAUAUGAGCUAUAGAAUGCAUCAAGACCCUUGAUUUUUCAGACGUAAUUUUUGCAACAGACUGUUCUCAAUUGGUGAAGAUGGUGUCCUCACCAGACGAAUGACCAGCUUUUGCUACACACAUGGAGGAGUUUCGACGCAUUAAGUGUUUUUUCCCUUCUUUCAAGAUUCGACAUAUACCAAGAGCAACUAAUCUAGUGGCGGACAAGCUUGCACGAGGUACUCGGAGUUCCCCUUCAGCUGUGUCUUAUGUUGAUUCUACCCCACCGGUUUGGUUUUCCGAACCGGUAGGUUUCUUAUCAUAGUUUAGUUAUUGUUGUCAAAAAAAAAUCUAUCAAUUACAAUAAAGUAGACUUUUCUCUCCUUGGAGGGUUUUAUGACCCUUCUUCCCGUCCGACCUAGGUUUCAGAGAUCACACCCGGCGGUCACCUUUCCGUAACGCCUGCCGGCCGCAUUGAUACCUUCUUUAGAGCUUGACUGGUUUCCCCGCUACCACCCACAAACGCAGCUUUUGCGGUUGGUAGCGGUUGACAGCGUUUCGAAACAAUCAUACAAACCGCUACAAAUCGCUUCAAACCGCUCUGAACCUCUUAAAAUCAAAAGCUGGUUCCAGCUAGCGUUUGCGGUUGCGGACGGUUGCGGGAGGAUAAUUUUUUUUCUUUUAAAAAAAAACCAUAUAAAUACAAAAAUAAAAA